AUAAUGAUGCUCAGACCGAUAGUAUCACCUGUGAUCAUGAGGAAGAAAACAAUCGCCGGGUUAUGAACGAGCUUAAAUAUAAAAUAUUAACCCAGCAUCUGCUCGAUUAUAAUAAAAGAACUUUCGAGAAGUUCAUGCGAGAUGUAAAUCGAGAAUAUAAUGAGCGGGUUAACGCAAAUAAUAAAAUGCGGUGCGAAAUUGAGGAUCUGAAGAUGCAAGCACAGGAGGCGGGGAGAAAAGCUGGCAUCUAUGAAGUUAAAUUAUACUCAUA